GCUACUUUCAACGUUGGUUUUUAGGAGUUAACUUCACUACAGAGAUUACAGUGGACACUACUACCAUGGAGGUACAGAAAACGAGCAACAAGGAGAACGCCCGUCCCAAACGUGCAGAGCAGAAACAAGUGGUGACGUCGUUCAUCAAAAGACCAGCUCCGGGGAAAAGCGCCCCUCUGCGGUCCAAGAACGACCCGAAGGACGGGGCCGUUGAGAAGAGGGCGGAACCCUUGAAGAAAGCUACUGAACAACAAAAGUCAUCUGUUGCUAAACCCCCACUGGCGUCCAAGAAACCCGCCUCACUCAGCCAGAAGUUCCUGUCUCAACAGUCCUCCACUUACAAGAAGAUGCAAACACAGACGCCAAAGCCAGCAUCCGUGGCCCCUCCUAAAGCUGUGUCUUCUGUUGCUCCGAAGCCUACCCUAGGCACCUACAAAGGCAAAGUUAUCCAGUCAAAGGUGGAUUGUUUCAGAAAGCCUGAAGACCCCGCAACGAAAGCCGCAGAGAAGAGGGUGUUCGCCAGGCCUGCCGUGCCCAAGUACACCCCUCUGACGCCAGCCACGCUGUCGAGAAUCAAGUCCAGGUCUGUCACCACCUUAGCCAGCGCCAAGCCUGCAUCAUCCACCGUCUCUCAAACCCAGCCGCGCAGGCCGAAAUCGGUCACCGAUGUGCCCCUGAGUCGACCGGCGAGCAGGACCACCACCACUCGGGGACAGCCUCAGACGGUGUCCACCACCCGCCAGUUCCAGGUGACCAAGAGGCCACCUGUCACCACCACCAACCGUCCCGUCGCACCUGCUAUGGCUGGAACUAAAGGCGUUGCUGCUGCUACCACCAGGCUGGCGAAGUCCAAGAGCACAACUGAGCUGAACCAGAGGGCUGCCAAGCCCCCCGCGCCCGCCCCCUCCAGCACCCUGCGACCCCCUCCCCGCAAGCCUGCCGUCAGCACUCUCAGCCACACACGCGCUACCAUGGAGACGGCAGAGGAGAGGAGGGCAAAGCUGGCAGAGUGGCUGGCCACCAAGGGCAAGACGCUGAAGAGACCCCCCAUCCACGCCUCCUCCACCACCACCACUACCCAGCCACCGGCCCAGAGGUCCAAGCCCGCCGCCACCAAGCCCAGAGCAGCCGCCAGCACGGCACCGGCCCAGAAGAAGGCCCAGCCAGCUACGGCUCCAGAAGUCACCCACCAGGCACCCGAACCAGAACCUGUAGUAGAGUUAACGGCACCACAGCCACAGUCCUGGGAGGAACAGGAGGAGGAGGAGGCGGCAGGGUCCAGUGGUCCGGUGACGUCCAGCCCCUCUCCUGCUGCCGCAGCCCCAGCCCCGGGCAUGAACACCACCCUGGACAUGUUGGACAGCUGUGCCCUGGACCUGCCCGAAGUGGACGUGGAGGUGGAGGUGCCCAUGCAUGAG